AUGGCGACGAAGCUCGCGUACAAGACGACCUUUGAGGUCGACCAGGUCAUCCGGCCAAUCUAUACAGGUGGCUCAGUGGCUCUCGACAGCGGCUCGCGCAUUCUGGCGACGACGCUCGGCGAGGAUGCUGUCCUCACGGACCUGGCGACAGGCAGGCUGUUUGCACGAAUUGAAGGAGAUGGCGAACCGAUCUCGACAUUAAUAUUAACGCCCUCCGCAUCCCACCUCGUCGUCUGCUCGCGGUCCCUGGCCAUGCGCAUCUAUGCCCUACAGGUGUCCCAGGACCUGGACGCCGUCGAGCCAACUCUUCUACGCACGCUCAAGCCGCACGCCACGCCGGCCGUCGUUCUCGCCGUGGACCGCACAAGCACACUCCUGGCCACGGGCGCCGCCGACGGCAACAUCAAGGUGUGGGAUAUCCGGGGCGGCUUUGUGACGCACACGUUCCGCGGGCCCAGCGUGCUCGUCUCGGCGCUGCACUUUUUCGAGGUCGCAGCAACCGCUGGCGGCGCUGCUGCUGAGGUGGCCGCACGGGACGGCAAGAAAAAGAAGAACAAGAAGGGCACCCAGCAGCAGAGCUUGCCCGCGUCCACAGCACAGGCUGUGGACACGGCAGCUCGCUUCCGGCUUGCGUCGGGCAGCCAGGACGGCAAGGUGCGCGUGUGGGACCUGCACAAGCGAGCUGUUGUGGCCAAUCUAGAUGCGCACGUGUCGGACGUGCAGGCCCUUGACUACUCGCCGGUGCAAAAUGUCUUUGUCACGGCCGGCCGCGACAAGACCAUCAUCUGGUGGGACGCCAAAACGUGGACACAGCGGCGCGUGGUGCCGACGUUUGAGCUGAUUGAGGCAGCUGGCUUUGUGUCUGAUGCCGACGGUGCCGACGGUGCCGAUGCAGAGGCUGACAGCGGCGCCGUGACCUACUCUGCCGGUGCCAACGGCUGUAUCCGGCUAUGGGAGACACGUACAGGCCGUGAGAUCACAGCCGAGCAGCCAGCACGAUCGGACGAGGAGCUGAUUGUUGCAGCGCUGUUCCGGCCCGCGCAGUCGACGCUUUUGUGUGUGCAGAUGGACCAGACUCUCGCUCUCUACCCUGUGCCGUCAUCGCGGGAUCUGCUGAGCACAUUUGCCAGCAAUGCCAAGGCUGGCGGUGACAACAGCGGCCUCGCACCCCUCGAGCCGGCGCGGCGCAUCUCGGGCACGCACGACGACGUCAUCGACCUAGCCUUCUUGCUGCCCGACCAGUCGCUGCUGGCGCUGGGCACCAACUCGGAGGACGUGCGCAUUGUCUCCGUGGCGGAACCGGCGGCUUCAUCGACUCCCAGCAGUGCUGCCUACUUUGGCCAGGAUGUAGCCUUGCUCAAGGGCCACACUGAUAUUGUGGUGUCGCUUGACGUCGACUGGUCGGGCCACUGGGUGGCCACGGGUGCCAAGGACAACACCGCGCGGCUUUGGCGCAUCGAUCAAUCGGCGACGGCCGCCGGCGGCAACAAAGUGUACAGCUGCUAUGCCGUCUUUGCAGGCCAUGCGGAGUCUGUCGGUGCCGUCGCGCUGCCCAAGGCCGUGCCCGAGGCAGGCACGCCUGCGUUUGAGGAUGCCCUCAACCACCCGCCGGCGUUCCUCGUCACGGGCUCGCAGGAUCUGACGGUCAAGCGUUGGGACAUCCCGCGGCAGGCACCAACUGCAUCGUCGGCGCAGCAGCGCGCCCUGUUCACCCGCAAGGCGCACGACAAGGACAUCAAUGCGCUGGACGUGGAUGCGGCCGGGCAGCUGUUUGCGUCGUCGUCGCAGGACCGCACGGUCAAGAUCUUUUCGGUGCGCGAGGGCGAGGUGCAGGGCAUUCUACGGGGCCACCGCCGCGGUGUGUGGUCGGUCAAGUUUGCACCGCUGCACACCCCCUCGCUGACGAGCGACACGGGCACCGUGGCCGGCGGCAGCCGUGGUUUUGUCCUGACGGGCAGCGGUGACAAGACGGUCAAGCUGUGGAGCCUGGCGGACUACACAUGCCUGCGGACGUUUGAGGGCCACACGAACAGCGUUCUCAAGGUGGCGUGGCUGGGCAGUGGCGGCGACGGCGCCGAGGACGACGGGAACGACAACGACGGCGGCGGCGAAGCGGAUGACGAAUACAUGGAUCUCGACGACGACGAAGAACGCCCGUCGCGCCGCAGCGCGUCUUCCUUCCGCGGCCCUGCUCCCGUGCUCUUUGCCAGUGCCGGUGGCGACGGUCUUGUGAAGGUCUGGGAUGCCGCGUCGGGCGAGGCCGCGUGCACCCUCGACAACCACGAAGACCGUGUGUGGGCCCUGGCUGUGCGCAACCCGGCCCCGGCCCCGACCACGUCUACGCGUACUACGACUACGACUACGACCGCUACGUCGUCCAAGAAGAGGCGCACACGCAUGUUUGUGUCCGGCGGCGGCGACGCCACGAUCUCGUUCUGGCGCGACACGACUGCGUCGACAGUGGCUGCCGCGGCCGAAGCCGCCAAGGAGCGCGUCGAGCAGGAACAGCUGCUGGCCAACCACAUGCGCCGCGGCGCGUACCGCGAGGCCCUCACGCUGGCGCUGCAGCUCAACCAGCCGGGCCGUCUGCUGUCCGUCCUGUCGCAGGUUGGCGAGUAUGGCGCGAACCCAGGCGUCGACGCCGCACUGGCCUCGCUGACGGACGACCAGCUCUACCUGUUGCUGCUGCGCGUGCGUGACUGGAACACCAACGGACGCACCGCGACGGUGGCGCAGCGCGUGCUUGCCUCAAUUGUGCGCAGCUACCCGGCGACGCGGCUGGCCGGGCUUGCCCGGCGCCGGCACUCCAAGGCUGCUGUCGAGGGCGGCGAGCCGGUGGUGGACGACAUGAGCGCUGGCGGCGUCAGCAGCAGCAUCCGCGGCGCCAACAUCAAGGACGUCCUCGAUGCGCUGCUGGCCUACACGGAGCGCCACUACCGGCGCAUGGCCGAGCUGCUGGACGAGAGCUACCUGGUGGACUACACGCUGCAGGAGAUGGACGCUCUGCAAAUGCCAGGCGGGCCCGUCGCCGGCGAGAUUGAAGACGUGGCUAUGGCGGGCGCGGAGUAG